CCACUUGGCAUCGUAAAACGUCAUAGAUGCAUGCUCUGGCAGUUUGGGAGCCUGUUCGAAACAGGAUAACAUUUAGUCAUGUUUUAUAUGACUUUGAUUGAGCUGAUACGUCCGUUAGAGAGCUGCUUAACUUUUCAGGAAACAACCCUGUUGAUUGCAGUCCUUCCUCCAUAUUUCAGGACAAUGGGAAAGUUGAAACGGCUUGGUUUAACGUACGAAGGGAACGUCAAUUUGUUUUCUCAGGGCGAUGUCAUCAAGGGGGAGGUUGUGCUGAUGGUGGACAACGACAAAGGUUACGGCUUGAAAGACGUCAAAGGUAUAUGGGUCCAUUUCCAAGGCAAGGCUAAGACGAAAUGGACAACAACAGGUAACAAGCGGACUCAUACUCACACUUUGAAGGAGAUUUAUUUCAACGAUAAUGCAGUGGUGUUUGGAAGAGGGAAAUACCAGCGUGAAGAGAAGGGUUUACACAUUCCUUCAGGCAGGAGCAGCUUUCCUUUCCAGUUUCGACUUCCGAUGACGCCUUUGCCGUCUCCCUUCGAGGGGAAGUACGGCUACAUCCGCUACCGCGCUAAGGCAACUGUGUCAUUAAUCCGGACAUUCUCCAACAAGGACUACAAAUGCGAGAAGCUGUUCAGCAUGACUGGACCGACGCUGGAUCUUAACCUUAACCCGGCAACCCAGUCGGAGGUACAACAUCGCAAAGAGAUGUUUGGAUGUUGUGGUUGUGGAUGCUCCCCCGAGACGAUCAUCACAGCUGGUCUGCCAAAGAAAGGUUUUGUUCCCGGCGAAGGCAUCUACGUCAUUGGUCACGUGGACAACCGGGACGGGGACGAAAACAGGAUGUUUCAAGCAAUCUUGUUUCAGUACAUUACAUUCCGAUCAAGAGGCAACACGAAAACAAAGAAGUACUCGUUGAAGGAACUGCAGUCGAGGGUGGCCUGCCCAAAGGGUCAGGUCACAGACUUCAACAUGGGUCCCCUUACAGUACCCCCGGUACCAUCUUCAGGCCUUCCCGGCUGCAAUAUCAUUGAAAUCGCAUACUUUGUCAAGAUUGAGAGCUCUGAGUUCCAAGCAAAGUUUAAUGUCGUUAUCGGUACCGUACCUCACCGGACGGUCACACGACCGCCUUCCGCUGUCGCGUCUGCCCCGCCCGCUGAUGUGGCCGGAAUAGAACUGUCCGGACUCACCGUCAAUCCUUCAGCUCCUCCACCGAGUUACGAGGAAGCGGUCGGGGUGAUUGACCGACUCACUCGAGAAGGGAACUCUGAGGAUUACUUCAAUCAAGACCAGUUUGUUCCUCGCUAUCCUUACUUCAAUCUGACGGUCGAUGUCCCGCCUGCUCAACAAUAAGGGGUAGGGAAAGAGGGACGCAAAGGAGCAACUUUGAUAUACGGGAUUUGGGAAAUUCGUCUUGUUUGUAGGAGAAUUAUGCAAUGUAAGUCAAGGGGCCUAUUUUCAAAAGAAGGAAAGGAUCGUACGUUGCUCUACUCCAAACUGAAAUCUUAACUUUUUCAUCUUAUUUUGAUGUAAAAAUCAAAAUUCCCAAUGUUGCGUAAUGAGCUAAGUGAUGACAACUGUUGCUGUAGACUUUUAAAAGUUCCGUAUUAAAGUCAAGACAUUCUCAGUAAAGUUGCAUAAUGUAUUUCAUUCUGCUACUGUAGGUUGUGUGCCUGUGAAUACACAUUGUGGGAGUAGAUCAAAGGCAGGAAGUAAACUGUACAUAACCAUGACUCUGAAUUCUCCCCAUUUCUCGGUGUUCAUGUACUUUUCAUUUGGUAGUUAUUACAUUUGACUUUUUUGUUGGUAUCGCUCUCCUAUGUGACAAAUGAUGAAUCAGUGAUUUUGGUUUUGAAUGUAGCGUAAUAGUAAAUGACGGGUUGGUGGACAAACCUGUACCAAAUUGACCUCAUGGGACAGCCAAUGGAAAAUGGUUCAAAUGAGAUGUAUUCUUUUACAAUUAUUUUGAGAUUUUUCAACAGUAAUUGUGUCAUUAAUGAGCUUGGAAAACUGUUUUCGCGUGAUUGUUUUUAACAUUUAUGUAUGAGGUUGGCAAGUGCCUUGUACACCACGUGCGACUUUCUGAAAAUUAGUAUCGGUCAAUAAUUAUCUUGCCACUGUAAGUUAAAUGUACUUGCUCAAAUUUUCUUCAUGAGGUGAUCUUUUAAUUCAUUCGAUGACGAUUUGGUUAAUAUGUGUCUUACACAAAAAAAGGUAUAGGCCUAGAUAAAUGAGUGAUAAAAUUACUUUCCCUACAUGUGCAUUGUUAAACAGAAUAAUGUAUAUACUUACAUAUAUACUAAUAUGCAUUUUUCGUUGUAUGUGAAGUCUAGAAAUACACAUAGAUUGGAGGAAAUACUCUGACUAACUUCCAAAAUAUGGGAAGAAAUAUUUUUCAGUUGUAGAACGGUUUUUUUUACAUGCAGCUGUGUUCAAAUUACAGAGUCUGUUCGAUUGCUAUUUGUAAAGACAUGUUAAAUUUCAAACCAUUUUGAAAGUACUUCAUUUUGAAACAAGAUCUACAAAUUGCCACAUUCCUCGCCGUAUGAUUUCCUAAUGUCAGACUGCACAUGGACCAAAUGUGUUAAAUCCAGAUUAAACAGGGCAGGGCAUUAACAUACAAACUAUAGUGCCGAAAUGUAAAACCUACAAUUGAAAUUUAAGAGCAUAAUAUAUUUAUAUAUAUAAUUUAGGCAAUAGUGCGCCUCCAAGAGUUUGCAAUAGGUUGGCCAAUCACAACACGCGAAAUCUGUCGCCCUUUUCAAACGGCUGACAAUAUUCAAAUACUCACGAAUAUUUUAAUUGUUAGGGAAUUUUUAAUUUCUGUAAGCGUGGCUGCUGUCAAACAGAAAUUGUAAGAGAUUCCAAUGGCAAUUUCAAACAUGUCUAAAUACAAUUGCACAACACAAAAAAGUA